UAGUCCACUAAGAACGCCUAAUUCACUAAAAGAAAUUUUCUUUUCAUUACGACUGGUUUAGUCGUUUUGAUGCUUUUUUUCUCGUCGUCAGUAGCAACUAAUAACCAUCAUAAACACUGCGAUAAAGUAGUCAAGGCACACCAUUAUACUAGAACCGUUUAUCCAUCACAUUGCCCAAAAAGACACACUAAAACAACCACAACUACAUCUACCGCUACCGCAACUACCACCACUACAAGCACCACCACCACCACCACCACCACCACUACCACCACUACCACCACUACCACUUUCGUUGAGCCCACUGGACCAUUUCGAAAGAGGCAUAAUCAAGAACAUGAACAUUUUAAAUGUGUUCCUGAUAAACAUAAACAUUAUACUUAUAAUAAACAUGGCAAAUGCACAGAAAUCACCUAUUGUACUCCAACAGUUUAUAAACCAUGUCCUAAAAAAAAUAAAACCACAACAAAAACCGAAUUUGAAACCACCACCUCCACUGCUACCGCCACUACUACUUCCACUUCCACUUCCACUUCCACCUCCGUUUUAGUAAUACCCACAUGUAGGGCUAGUGGCGCUUUUUGUGAUUUCGCUAGUACCGGUGCAUGCUGUAGCCGAUGUUGUUUUUUAACUGAUGCUAAUCAACAACCAAUUAAUAAAUGUUGCUAACAAGGUUUUUCUUAUUAGAAUACAUAGAAUCAUAUCUAUUAGACCGGGAAAGAAAAAUUUUUGUAUUCUCUUAAAAUUUUAAUAUUGAACUUAUUUAUAUGUAUUUUUUUUUUUAUGGUAUAUCAUAUCAUAUGAUAUGUAAUUGGUAUCCAA